GGACGAUGGCAGGGCUGCAUCCCAACCCGUGGACCACGGUGCUCGUGGCAGCUCUGCUAAGCCUCAGCCUUCCUGGGCACAUGGCCAAUCGCUGCAAGAAGGCCCAGGUGAAGAGCUGCACCGAGUGCAUCCGCGUGGACAAGGACUGUGCCUACUGUGUGGACGAACUGUUCAAGGAGCGGCGCUGCAACACCCAAAAGGAGCUGCUGGCCGCGGGCUGCGGGCUGGAGAGCGUGGUGGUGAUGGAAAGCAGCUUGGAGAUCACAGAGGCGACACACAUCGACACCAGCUUGCGCCGUAGCCAGGUGUACCCCCAAGGCCUGCAGGUGCGGCUGCGGCCUGGUGAGGAACGGCACUUUGAGUUUGAGGUGUUCGAGCCUCUGGAGAGCCCCGUGGACCUGUAUAUCCUCAUGGACUUCUCCAACUCCAUGUCUGAUGAUCUGGACAAUCUCAAGCAGAUGGGGCAGAACCUAGCCAACAUCCUGAGGAAGCUCACCAGUGAUUACACUAUUGGAUUCGGCAAGUUUGUGGACAAAGUCAGCGUCCCUCAGACAGACAUGAGGCCUGAGAAGCUGAAGGAGCCAUGGCCCAACAGUGACCCUCCCUUCUCCUUCAAGAACGUCAUCAGCCUGACGGACGAUGUGAAGGAAUUCUGGGAUAAACUGCAAGGAGAGCGGAUCUCGGGCAACCUGGACGCUCCGGAAGGCGGCUUCGACGCCAUUCUGCAGACCGCCGUGUGCACCAGGGCCAUUGGCUGGCGCCCGGAUAGCACCCACCUGCUGGUGUUCUCCACCGAGUCUGCCUUCCACUAUGAGGCGGAUGGCGCCAACGUGCUGGCGGGCAUCAUGAACCGCAAUGACGAGAAAUGCCACCUGGAUGACACGGGCACCUACACUCAGUACAAGACCCAGGACUACCCCUCCGUGCCCACGCUUGUGCGCCUGCUUGCCAAGCACAACAUCAUCCCCAUCUUCGCUGUCACCAACUACUCCUACAGCUACUAUGAGAAGCUGCACACUUAUUUCCCGGUCUCCUCGCUGGGGGUGCUGCAAGAGGACUCGUCCAACAUCGUGGACCUGCUGGAGGAGGCCUUCUACCGCAUCCGCUCCAACCUGGACAUCCGGGCACUGGACAGCCCUCGAGGCCUGCGGACAGAGGUCACCUCCAAGAUGUUCCAAAAGACCAAGACCGGGUCCUUUCACAUCAGACGGGGGGAAGUGGGCACAUACGACGUGCAGCUGCGGGCCGUGGAGGACGUGGAUGGCACGCACGUGUGCCAGCUGGCAGACGAGGACCAGAGAGGAAACAUCCACCUGAAGCCCUCCUUCUCUGACGGCCUCCAGAUGGACGUGGGCAUCAUCUGCGAUGUGUGCGCCUGCGAACUGCAAAAAGAAGUGCGGUCUGCUCGCUGCCACUAUCAAGGAGACUUCAUGUGUGGGCACUGCGUGUGCAAUGAGGGCUGGAGCGGCAAGACCUGCAACUGCUCCACGGGCUCGCUGAGCGACGCGCAGCCCUGCCUGCGGGAGGGCGAGGACAGGCCGUGCUCCGGCCGGGGCGAGUGCCAGUGCGGGCGCUGCGUGUGCUACGGCGAGGGCCGCUACGAGGGCCACUUCUGCGAGUACGACAACUUCCAGUGCCCCCGCACCUCCGGCUUCCUCUGCAACGACCGGGGUCGCUGCUCCAUGGGUCAGUGUGUGUGUGAGCCCGGCUGGACAGGCGCAAGUUGCGACUGUCCCCUCAGCAACGCCACGUGCAUCGACAGUAAUGGGGGCAUCUGUAAUGGACGAGGCUACUGCGAGUGUGGCCGAUGCCACUGUAACCAGCAGUCGCUCUACACGGACACCACCUGUGAGAUCAACUACUCCGCGAUCCGCCUGGGUUUGUGCGAGGACCUGCGCUCUUGUGUACAGUGCCAGGCCUGGGGCACUGGGGAGAAGAAGGGGCGCACGUGCCAGGAGUGCAGCUUCAAGGUCAAGAUGGUAGACGAGCUUAAGAAAGCAGAGGAGGUGGUGGAGUACUGCUCGUUCCGGGAUGAGGAUGAUGACUGCACGUACAGCUACACGGUGGAGGGCGAUGGGAGUCCCGGCCCCAAUAGCACCGUCCUGGUCCACAGGAAGAAGGACUGUCCCCCUGGCUUCUUCUGGGGCCUCAUCCUCCCGCUCAUCUUGCUCCUGCCGCUCUUGGCGCUGCUGCUGCUGCUCUGCUGGAAGUACUGUCCCUGCUGCAAGGCCUGCCUGGCACUUCUCCCUUGCUGUAACCGAGGCCACAUGGUGGGCUUUAAGGAAGACCACUACAUGCUCCGGGAGAACCUGAUGGCCUCGGACCACCUGGACACGCCCAUGCUGCGCAGCGGGAACCUCAAGGGGCGGGACACGGUCCGCUGGAAGAUCACCAACAACGUGCACCAGCGGCCCGGCUUCGCCACCACCCACGCCGCGAGCGCCAACCCCGCGGAGCUGGUGCCCUACGGGCUGUCCCUGCGCCUCGCUCGCCUCUGCACGGAGAACCUGAUGAGGCCCGGCACCCGAGAGUGCGACCAGCUGCGCCAGGAGGUGGAGGAGAACCUGAAUGAAGUAUACAGGCAAGUGGCCGGCUCGCAGAAGCUCCAGCAGACCAAGUUCCGGCAGCAGCCAAAUGCCGGGAAAAAGCAAGACCACACCAUUGUGGACACAGUGCUGAUGGCGCCCCGAUCGGCCAAGCAAACCCUGCUGAAAUUGACGGAGAAGCACGUGGAGCAGAGAGCCUUCCACGAGCUCAAGGUGGCCCCCGGCUACUACACCCUCACCGCGGAGCAAGACGCCAGGGGCAUGGUGGAGUUCCAGGAGGGGGUGGAGCUGGUGGACGUGAGGGUACCCCUCUUCAUCCGGCCCGAGGAUGACGACGAGAAGCAGCUGCUGGUGGAGGCCAUCGAUGUCCCCGUGGGCACCGCCACCCUUGGCCGCCGCCUGGUGAACAUCACCAUCAUCAAGGAGCAAGCCAGUGGAGUGGUGUCCUUCGAACGUCCGGAGUACUCGGUCAGCCGAGGCGAGCAAGUGGCCCGCAUCCCUGUCACCCGGCGCAUCCUGGACAACGGCAAAUCCCAGGUGUCCUACCGCACCCAAGACAGCACGGCUCACGGGAACCGGGACUAUGUCCCCGUGGAGGGUGAGCUCCUCUUCCACCCCGGGGAGACCUGGAAGGAGCUUCAAGUGAAGCUCUUGGAGCUACAGGAGGUUGACUCUCUCCUGCGAGGCCGCCAGAUCCGCCAAUUCCACAUCCAGCUCAGCAACCCCAAGUUUGGAGCCCGCCUGGGCCAGCCCCACUUAGCCACUGUCGUCAUUGGAGAGAGAGAUGAACUGGACCGCAGCUUCGUAGGUCAGACGCUCUCGCCACUGCCGCCCUCCCGAGGCGAUCUGGGCGCUCCGCAGAAUCCCAACGCCAAGGCCGCCGGGUCCAGGAAGAUCCAUUUCAACUGGCUGCCCCCUCCCGGCAAGCCGCUGGGGUACCGGGUGAAGUACUGGAUCCAGGGUGACCCGGAAUCAGAAGCCCACCUGAUCGACAGCAAGGUGCCCUCGGUGGAGCUCACCAACCUGUACCCCUACUGCGACUAUGAGAUGAGGGUGUGUGCCUAUGGGUCACAGGGCGAGGGGCCCUACAGCGCCCUGGUGUCCUGCCGCACCCACCAGGAAGUGCCCAGCGAGCCGGGGCGUCUGGCUUUCAACGUCGUGUCUUCCACGGUGACCCAGCUCAGCUGGGCGGAGCCCGCAGAGACCAACGGCGAGAUCACCGCCUACGAGGUCUGCUAUGGCCUGGUCAACGAGGACAACCGACCCAUCGGGCCCAUGAAGAAAGUGCUGGUGGAUAACCCCAAGAACCGGAUGCUGCUCAUCGAGAACUUGCGAGAAUCCCAGCCAUACCGCUACACCGUGAAGGCGCGGAACGGGGCGGGCUGGGGGCCCGAGCGGGAGGCCAUCAUCAACCUGGCCACUCAGCCCAAGAGGCCCAUGUCCAUCCCCAUCAUCCCAGACAUCCCCAUUGUGGACGCCCAAGGUGGAGAAGACUACGAGAGCUUCCUCAUGUACAGCGAUGACGUCUUGCGCUCCCCCGCCAGCAGCCAGAGGCCCAGCGUCUCUGAUGACACCGGCGGCGGCUGGAAGCCGGAGCCCCUGCCGGGGGAGGAGCUGGACCUGCGGCGCGUCACGUGGCGGCUGCCCCCGGAGCUCAUCCCGCGCCUGUCGGCCAGCAGCGGGCGCUCGGACGAGGACAGCGCCGCCGCCGCCGCCGCCGCGGGCAGCCGGGACCCGGAGGGCGGCGGGGGGCGCUGCGCCACACCUGGGCCCCUCGGAGAGCACCUGGUGAAUGGCCGCAUGGACUUCGCCUUCCCCGGCAGUGCCAACUCCCUGCACAGGAUGACGGCCGCCAGCGCCGCCUACGGCACCCACCUGAGCCCACACCUGCCCCACCGGCUGCUGAGCGCGUCCUCCACCCUCACCCGCGACUACCACUCGCUCACGCGCACCGAGCACCUGGCCACGCUGCCCAGGGACUACUCCACCCUCACCUCCCUGUCCUCCCAGGACUCUAGAGCAGCGGCUAUGGGAGGGGCGGCCACCGCGGGCGUGCCCGACACACCCACCCGCCUGGUGUUCUCAGCCCUGGGGCCCACAUCUCUGAAAGUGAGCUGGCAGGAGCCACAGAGUGAGCGUGUGCUGCUGGGCUACAGCGUGGAGUACCAGCUGCUGAACGGCGGCGAGCUGUACCGACUCAACAUCCCCAGCCCGAGCCAGACUUCCGUGGUGGUGGAAGACCUCCUGCCCAACCACUCCUACGUGUUCCGAGUGCGAGCACAGAGCCAGGAGGGCUGGGGCCGGGAGCGCGAGGGUGUCAUCACCAUCGAGUCCCAGGUGCACCCUCAGAGCCCUCUGUGCCCCCUGCCCGGGUCUGCCUUCACGCUGAGCACCCCCAGCGCCCCGGGCCCACUGGUGUUCACGGCCCUCAGCCCCGACUCGCUGCAGCUGAGCUGGGAACGGCCGCGGAGGCCCAACGGAGAUAUCCUGGGCUACCUGGUGACCUGUGAGAUGGCCCAAGGAGGAGGACCCGCCACCACCUUCCGGGUAGAUGGAGACAACCCGGAGAGCCGGCUGACGGUGCCCGGGCUCAGCGAGAACGUGCCCUACAAGUUCAAGGUGCAAGCCAGGACGACAGAGGGCUUCGGGCCAGAGAGGGAGGGCAUCAUCACCAUCGAGUCCCAGGAUGGAGGCCCCUUCCCACAGCCGGGCAGCCACGCCGGGCUCCUUCAGCACCCACUGCAUGGGGAGUUCAGCAGCAUCACCACCACCCACACCAGCACCACGGAGCCCUUCCUCAUGGAUGGACUGACCCUGGGGUCUCAGCGGCUGGAGGCGAGCGGCUCCCUCACCCGGCACGUGACCCAGGAGUUCGUAAGCCGCACGCUGACCACCAGUGGAACCCUCAACACCCAGGUGGACCAACAAUUCUUCCAAACCUGAUCCACCCAAUGUCCUCAGGACCUUGGACCCCAGGGCCCAGUCCCAGCCUUCUCCACCUCCCCCUACCCCAGCAGCUACCCUGCCCUUGAUUCCCCCCAGGGACCCAUCCAGCUGUGUGCUCACCACAGAGCAGAGGUGUGUCCUCUGAAAAGCCAUGAAGGGACAGAAGACCCAGAGGCUCUUCUGGGUCCCCCCCUGCCCUAGCCAAACGCCUUUGUAACCAAAGAGCUGGGACCUGCACAAGGGCCCGGCCUUUGUUCUGCACUUAAUAAAAGGUUUUGCUACUG